AUGGCGUCCGUUGUACAGAGAUUUUUAACAAGAACAAUAAUAUCAUCUUCUUCUCUACCGGCUUCCUGUAGAAAAACUAGGAUGCACAUUUGUGCAGUGCUAGCUUCAUCUCACGAAGAUCCACUGGUGGGUGUUAAUAUGAUGUUCACAUAAGUAAACUUUUAUUCGUUUCGGUCGCUGAAGACUUUGGUCCUCAUUUGGGUCUAUUUUUCUUAUCCUCAUCUCGAGCUCCUUAUGGGUUACACAACUAUGAUUCGCUUCUUUUCUAGGGUUAGUACCUAUUUGAAGAUUUUAUCCGCAGGUUUAAAUUGUUCUCUCUGCUUUUCUUUAUUUUUUCUCUGGAAUUGAAAAACUCUCCUCGACAAGGGUCACGGGGUAAGCAAUCAAGGGUCGGAAAGACUCGGGAAUUUUGGAUAUUUAGAUCUUGCUGUAAGACGUAACUAAUGUCACAGGUUAAGGAAUGAAGGCCCGAUUAUUAUAGUCUGUGCAGUAUUUGGCAGGCUUGGUGAAGUGUCAGCCGUUAUUCUCGCCUCUAAUCAGCCCCCCUUCCCAUACGCCUAGAGGAGAGGGUAAGUUGUCUUUCACGUCAGACUACUGGGUGGACCAUUAAGUUUUGGCUGAAAUUUGUCAGAAGUUUUUCAAGUGAGGAUUUACUGUAACAAGACAAUGCUCUUUUUUUCUCUGGUUUUGAAGGGCAUCAAAAAUAGGAGCAAGUCAUUAGAUGAACAUCAGAAGCAACAAAUGGCUAGAGGUCUCCCCAAAAAGCGGCCAGUUGAUGGUGUCAAGCAUGUGGUAGUAGUAGCAUCUGGCAAGGGAGGAGUUGGAAAAUCCACCACCUCAGGUAUAAAUUGCAAGUCACUGAAUGAAGUCAUCAUUGACAUAUAGUUCCUGACUUUGACAUAUAUAUGUAUACCAAGUAGUUCCUGAUAUCUUUUCACAAAUGUUUUUGAAAAUAACUAAUUUUCAGAGCAGUAGUUAUAAGUUCCCAUUUCAAGUUAUUGGUUCCUUUUUUAAUUGCAAUUCAGUCAAAUAUAGUGUGUAUAGAGUAUCUGCUCCUUUUCUUUUGGGUCAGGGAUGGGGAAGGGGGGGGGGGAGAGUAUUAAGUUCUGGAUACUAUAGAAAUGUUUACCAAAUUUCUGAUCUAAAUGGUGUAAUAUGUCCAACAUUAGAUGAAAAGGGGUCACAAAGCCCUUCCUUUAAUUGCUAACAUACCCUUAGUGUGCAAGUAUUCAUGUGAAGGGAACACAAGCCUAGUGUCAGCUAAUAUGGUGUUGAUCCUUGCUGGUUCUGUUCAUGUGUUUUUCCUUUUUGUUGAGUUCUACAAGCCAUAAUCAUUGGACCAUCAAAUUUUUCUUAGGUUUAGACCUCUUCCAAAACUCUUCUAAAAUUGAUAUGGAUGAGUUACCAAUUGUGAAUUUCUUUAACACAUUUUGUUUCUUCAGAUAUUGAUUUGACUUUUGUUACUUUUCCUAGUGAAUCUGGCUUUGGGAAUGCUAGCAAGAAAACAGGUUUGAAGUUGAAAUUUAGAGUAAUGCUGUACAUAAUUAAAUCAAGCAUCUCAUUGCUAGUUGUGGUGAAUGGAGUAGCAGCAAAUUUCCAUCUUAAAGUUUCUAAUUUGCAAAUUUUGAGAAUUUGCCUUUGCCUCAAGGCAGAGACCAUAAUUUAGGAGAUUUUCUGGUAUGACUGGUCUUUGUAUCAUAUUGCUUUAAUUAUUGAUUACUACUAAUAACGUUUCUCUCUGAAAGCUUAUUAGUACUUUGCCAUGCAUGUAUGUGUCAUGAAAUGUUUCUACCCUGACAGUAAGGGUGGGGGGGACAGUCCUUUGUGUCAGUGUAUGAGAACGAGGAAGAUUUCCAAAAGGCUACAGUUGUGUUCAACAAAUCCUUUCCACUAAUCAAUACCCUAUGCUUUUUUUUAAAAUUGUUUGUUUUUUUUUUGAUGAAGGGAAUAAUUAAAAUAUGCAGAUCUACUUGAUAGAUUUAGCUGCCUUAUGCACUUUCUAUCAGACCUCUCAGGCUGUUAAGGGUUGUUUAGGUCUGUCUGGGUUGAGAAGAGGAAGGAAACAACUGUUAUGAUUUCACAGUUGAUGAUAGACAUGAAUAGAAACUGUAUCAUUCAAGGAUCUGCUGUUAUUGAAGAAACAUUUUUCACAAGCCUUAAAAAUGUUAUGAUUUUUUGUCCUAAAUUUUUUCUCUGCUGGAAAAAUGUUAGUCAAACUAUCUGUCUUAAAUUUAAGAAACAGCUAUUUUUCUUGUACUAGUCUUUGCGUGUUGGGCUUCUUGAUGCAGAUAUUUAUGGACCAUCUAUACCAAAAAUGAUGAACUUAAGAGGACAGCCAGAGCUAACAAAAGGUUGGAGCUCUGUGAUUAUCAUGAUCUGAAUAAAGGCAUGCUUCAGUUAUCUUUAUCCGCAAUGUUGCAGUUGAACCAAAAGCUGCUAUUGCUGGAAGAGAUCUGAUCUCAAUUGUACCCCAAAUGGCAGCUCUUGUGCAUUUUGUGUCAAGAGGGGUCAUUUAGAAAACAAAGUUAAUGUUUAUGAUCAAAGAAAUGACUGUAACCUAAUGACCAUUGUGGCCCAUGAAUGAUAUAUUAGUCCACAAUAUCUGACUAAACUGUUUAAAAAUUUUAAAUAUUUGGAAAUUAAUACAAUUGACCUGCAAGGCUCUGCGUGAAAUUUUUUAAAGAAUACCAGUUUGAGUCAACCUGUGUCUUUUAUUUGUCUAAAGAAAACAUGAUGAAGCCGUUGGUGAAUUUUGGAGUGCCUUGGUAAGGUCACAUCUUUCAUAAAUUAACUUAGCAUGGUAUUUUUUAUCACAUGAGGAAUUAAGAAUUUCUAUUUCCUUGGGUGACUGCUAGUUACUCAUGCUUCUACUUAACUCUAUCAAAUUGUGUUCAAUGUAAUGUCUGUGAUAAAACAGUCAUCAUGCUUAUCACAAAUUAUAUUUUCACUUCUCAGUAUGUCUAUGGGUUUUCUGGUAGAGGAAGGGGCACCAAUUGUGUGGAGAGGAUUAAUGGUGAGUUCACUCUGAUUAACCCUUUUAACUCUUGAAAGUAAUCAUCAUCAUCAUCAUUUUAUAUGUCGAUUUAACAAUACAAGAAACUUCAUCUACAGUAUCAUAAUUUAGAGGAGGGAGACCCAAGAAGCCACUGGUCAUAUGGGAGAGGCCACCUCACUUACAAAGAUUCAUUUAGAACAGAGCAAGUGCUGUAAAUGUGCAACUUGGCCGAUCCAGUGAUUAUUUAAGUACAAACUCUUACAUUUUUAUCUCAAAGCUAAGAAUAUUUGACAAAUGAGUGAUUGAAACAGGAAGAGAGCUCCAAAUGUUAGGAUCUUGGUGGAGAAUUGUAAAUUGCUUGAGAUUUGUACUACACAAAUGCAUAGCCAUGCACUCUUUCUCACAAUAAUUAGAUCAUUCAAUACAUGAUUCAACAAAAAGGUGACACAAAUACACACACAUCAGCUAGAGAGUGUUACCUCAACAAAACAUCAAAUUCUCCCAACUGAUUUGAAGGAAAUUUAUACCAGCUUUAAGGAAGAAUUACCAAAUUGAACCAAAUCUCAAAAAUGAAAGUAAAUUUGAUUAUGUUUAAUUAUUAAAUUUUAAUUUGGUAUUCAACACAAAAGGUGAUGUCUGCAGUGGAAAAGUUAAUACGACAGGUUGCAUGGGGAGAGCUGGAUGUUCUAGUGAUCGACAUGCCUCCUGGCACAGGAGAUACCCAGCUGUCAAUCUCACAACUCAUUCCUAUUUCAGGUGAGCUAGGCAAAUUUUGGGUGAGGGACACAAUUAUCUGAAGUCUUGAAAUAAAGCUCUGGUGCACAUUUUGUGACUGAAUAAAUUAAUGGGAAGUGUCCUCUGGUCAGUCAGUCCAAAGGGAUUGGAAUAUUACCAAAUGUUGUGCACACCAUGUCCAAGAAAAUGUAACAGCUGACAAAGAAAUCUGCCUGCUUUGUGAACCAGCUAACUUUGGCUGACUAUAGUAGCAUGAUGAGAUCUUUAGUAUUGCUUUCACCAAGUUGUGAUGCUGGCCCCAGUUGUUCAAAAGGCAGUUAAGGCUAUUUGACAGAUACAUUGCUACCCAGCUGAUAAGUGCUAGCAAAAGGUAGUGCACUACACAUUGAGUAAAAAUUUAUCCAGUGGAUAGCAUUAUCUACCCUUUCAAACAACUGGGGCCUGGUCUAUCACAAGGUAUCACCCUGCAUUUGAUGGGGUUAAGUGAAAAUUCAUUAGUACCCAUUAACCACCCUAGUGGAGAGUCUUUUCAACAAAAUCUAUUAAUGGCCUCAGCCGAAAUGGGUCCCAAAUAAUAAUUUUAUAUACUAAUACACAUUUGUGCAGGUGCAGUGAUAGUCACCACACCACAAGAUAUUGCACUGCUUGAUGCUUGUAGAGGCACAGAGAUGUUCAGAAAGGUUGAUGUACCAGUAAGUGUUGCACAGAAUGUUAAAUGGUAAUAGGGUGAUCUUAGCAUUGAUUUUCUUUUUUUCAAAUUGCACAUUCUUUGAUGAGAUCAUUUUUUCUCUCUUUAAAAUCAAGGUUAUUGGACUAAUUCAAAAUAUGAGCCAUUAUGUAUGUCCUAAAUGUGAACACAAAGCCUACAUAUUUGGAAGAGAUGGUGCCAGAGGUGUUGCAAAGGAAAUGGACUUAGAACUCUUGGGUAAACACAACAAAUUACUCAUUACUUCUUAAGUUAAGAGUUACAAAAUAAGUUUUAAUUACUGAAUUCCUAGUAGAAACAAGAUUAAAAGAGUACACUUAUUUAAUCCCCCAGUUUCUAUUUUCCAGACUUGAGGUUGGGUCAAAUUUCAUGGCCUUCAUAGAAUAUUGGUUAGUUAUGGUUUGCUCAAAUAUUGUAAAUUUCCCAAGCACAUUCUAAGACAAUUCUUUGGCCAAGGUGAUGUAUGCAAUUUAUCGUCAAUAUAAUUGUUAAUUUUGUUCCUAGGUGAUGUUCCCCUUCAUACUGACAUCAGGGAAACCUCAGAUUCAGGAAAACCCAUUGUAGUUUCUCAACCUGACAAUCCUCAGGUAACUUACCAAUACUGAUUUUGAAUUGUACUGGUUCCGCUUGUCAAAUCAGGUAGUUCACCUGACUUUGGAAAAUGUUUUAUUUGGAAUGCUUUCAACACAAUGCCCUUCACAUACACUACUCAAUUACUUUAUUAUUAUCGGAAAACUGUUUUUGUGGGACUGCAGAAGAAAACAAAUACACCCUAAAAUACAAGGUUAUCAGAACAAGAUAGCUAUCAAAUAUGAAAUUGAAAGAAAAAUAUAUAAGAAAAACUUCUUUGAAAAGAAAUGGAUAUUCAAAUGAAAAGGAAUGGUUUAAUAAUUUAAAAAAUCUUAAGCCGAUUUGCCUUCUAUCCUGUUUUUUUCUCUCUCUCUCUUUUUUUUUACGUUAUGUUGCUUGGUUUAAUUAGUUUAAUUUGUUUAAUUUCUUAAGCUGAAAAUAGGGUAACUGCGUAAGAUUGUUAAAUAUAUCGAAUUGUUAUCAUUUUUAACCAAUUUUAUAAAUGUAAAAUUGUAACUGUGUAAAUGAAAGGUCAGAAUAAAAAAAAAAAAGAAAAAAAAAAUACUGAUGACUCUAGACCUCUGACUUAUUUGAUAACCUGUUUAGCCCUGUAUUGAUUUUUAAUUUUCUGGUAUCCAAUUAAAACAGACUUAUGCCUACAAAAUGAUUGCUGGUCGUGUUUUGGAUAAACUUUCCCUGACAAAAGACUCUACCAGGUGACAAGGAAACAUGCAGACAAGCUGUUGUGAUCAAGUUGCUACAAAGGAAGAUUGACUUGUUAGCUGGAAAUGUCAGACAGUCAGUAUGAAAGACUAAACACAAACAAAGUCACUGUUGACUGCUUUGUGAAACUGCAGCACAAAGAUUGUUGUGAAGCUGAUAGAAAUACAAUGGAAAUCCCCUUAACAAGAAGAGGAAUUAUCAGGUUUUUUCAGCCAAUGAAUUCAAGAUUAUGAACACCAUUUAAAGAUUACAGGUAGAAGUACUGCCAGAAAUUAUUUGACUGCUGGAGGCAUUCUUACAUGGACAGCAAAUGAGACAGGCUUCACACAUUUGAGAAAAAGCAUGUGAGAAAAAUCAAUGAUAAUAGCUAUUUAUUAUAUAA